AUGGCGUCAUCUGUGUAUUGGAAGUUCAAAUCACAAAAGGACGAGUCGCGUGUGACGUUUGAUGGACCAACGAUCUCCGUCAGCGACCUCAAGCGCGAGAUUAUCCUACAGAAUAACCUUGUUUCUUCAGCAUCAGAUUUUGACUUAUUGAUUGUCGACCCGACCACUGAGCAAGAAUUCAAGGAUGACAACCAGCAGAUCGCCCGCUCAACAUCAGUGCUAGCCAAGCGACUCCCAGCAGCACGACCUGGCAAGGGAAAAGCAGCCCAAUAUGUUGUGGGAAUUAACCCCGGCGAUAUUUCCCGCCCUGACUCGACCACUGCUGGUGCUAACCGCCCGACACCAAAACCACAGGAACUUCCACAGAUCGUUGUACCGGAGGGAACGUCCGCGGAUGAAGCUGCAGGGAUUGCUGCCAUGUUCCAGGCCUCCCAAGAGGUUUGGGAUGAGACACAAGAGAAGAUGGCCCAAGCCACACCAGUAUACACCAACCGGGGCGGCUUCCGGGGUGGUAAACCCUUCAAUCAAGGAAAUCGUGGUCAAGACGGUGCAAGGCAAGAGUCUAGGCCAGUUCCACCGGGAUAUAUCUGUUACAGGUGUGCCAAGAAGGGUCAUUGGAUUCAUGACUGUCCGACCAACGACGACAGAGACUGGGACAACCGCCCAAGAGUCAAACGUACGACAGGCAUUCCUCGAAGCUUCUUGAAGACCGUUGAGCAGACUACGGAUGCCCCGCUUGGACAGGGUGUAAUGGUUACGCCCGACGGAGGAUUUGUUGUUGCUCAGCCAGACUCUGUGGCCUGGCAAAAACAACGUGCACGUCCCAAGGUUCUGACCUCUGCCGAAAUCUAUCAAAAUCCUGCCCCUGCUGCCCAUUCAUCUUUGGCUUGUCCGAUCUGCGACCGUUUAACAAAGAAUGCUACGCAUCUGCUCGAACAUGAUUUCGUGUGUAAAUGUGGAAAAAAGAUUGCUAGUUUUGAUCGUCUUGAAAUGGAUGACAAGAGGCGCGAGAAAGUAGGAGAGGUCGUUAGGAGUAUGAUUGAAGAGAGCCGAAAAGAGAGUGCAAAACAGGAAGCUGAAGAAUCCCAGCCAACCCCAGUUGCGACAACAUCCUCUACACCUACUCCAGCCCCUGAAAAACCAUCCACUCCUACAACAGCGAGCAACACUGGACCCGACCUCGCAGAUCUCCAAGCCCAAAUGGCCCAACUGUCGCAAAUGCUUUCGAACCCCGGGUUACCGCAACAGGCUAAGCAGCAAGCACAACGACAAGCGGCCAAGAUUGGAGCAGAGAUUCAAAAGUUGAUGAAUUCCGGGAACGGUGUGGCAGAUGGGGAAUGCAAAUGA